ACAUGACUACCUUGGCGAGACAGAGAAAAGCAAAGAUUCCGAUGUUAAAGCCCUUUGCUUUCCGGUUAAUCUGAUCAUAGAAAAACAAAGUACUUUAACGUAAAAAAAUAUAUUUUAAAUGCCACACAGUUUUCAUUGAUGGACUACGGGGAAAUGUGACAUAAUUACUCGAUGGGAUGCGAUAAAAUGGUGCUCACGUCGGCUUUGAACGACGUUUUCAAUAACACACUGGAAGAUCUAAAUGACACCACAAUGGAAAGAGUUAACGAUUCAAGUGAUCCAGGAACUGUGUUUUAUGUGUAUUAUUAUGGCAUGUUUUUAAUUAUUGCCUGUAUAAAUAUUCCUGGAAAUAUCCUGGUAAUUAGGACCGUAUUAAAGACCCCCAAUCUCCGCCAGCCGUGUAACUUUUACAUUGUAAGUUUGGCGGUUACAGACUUAAUCAUUGGAUUUGUAUAUCCUGUGUACAAUAUCUCUCAUCUGGAACACGUGCCAGAAAUUAGCCGUCCUUUAGGUCAGUGGAACGUUUGUCGCUUCUUGGUGACUGAAGUGCUUGCCCUUGAGAUUUGCUCAUCAUAUCAUUUAGUCGCCAUAACAGUCACUCGUUACAUCGCCAUUGUGUAUCCAUUACGUUAUCAUCUUUACGUCACGACGAAGUCCACACGAUUCGUUAUUGCUACUAUUUGGGUGCUGUCACAGGGUGUAUGCAUUGUGAUGUAUACUAUCUACAAUCCAGAGGAAUACAUAAACAAGCCUGGACGUGUGUGUCGAUAUGAGCUGAUCUUCUCCAUUGCACACGUUUGUGUUCUUUUCAUCAUACAGUUAUUUCUACCACUGCUAAUUAUGCUAGGAUUGUACGUACGGAUCGCUAAAAUAGCCAGGACACAGGCAAAAGUUAUAGCCCUUCAGGAGCGAGUAUCUUGGAACAACAGUCCAAAAUCCAGCAGCAAUGUUAUACGUCAUGAACUGAAAUCAACAUUCAUGGUCUCUAUUUUACUGGGCUGUUUCACAAUUGGUUGGAUGCCAAUGAUGAUUUAUUUCUUCUACGAAAUAACAUGUGUAGGGGAUUGCAAUGUUACCCCUUUCAUAAGAGCCAGCUGUCGAAUCUUAUUGUUUAUGAACUCAGCAGUAAAUGUGUUUAUUUACGCUGGUCGUCUAGCGGCAUUCAGGAAAAGCAUCAGGAACGAUUUCACAAAACUGUACACUGUCAUUUGUUCUUGUGCUAUAGAAAGAUUUGGAAUGAAACAUUCCAGUAGUGUUUCUUCAAACAGGUCCAUAGCGACACAUACCGAUAUAAGUCAGAUACCGAGUAACUUGGAUUACAGUAUCAAUUUAUAGCGUGUGUUAAGCAUUUGUACAUAUAAGGAAGUAUCGGUAGGCAUUGCCAAAAGAAUGGACAUAUAUAUACAGAAGACAUGCAAGUGAAUUUUGAAAAAGAAUCACGGAAGGUUUAAACUCAUUUCUUUGUACCUUUUUUGUCACAAUUUAUUUAUCUAAAAACUUGAACAAAGCAAAAAUUUGCAUAUUAUUUUGAUAAUUAAUUUAAAUUAAAUAUUUGUGGUUGAUUUAUUGAACGAGAAUUUGGUGUUGUAUUCAAAACCAAUUCUGAAGUUCUAUCAUACUGAAUGAAUAAAAUCAGUGUGCCGCUUGAAAAAUACACAAAGAAAGAUAACUUUUUUCAGAGCACUGAAAUGGGAUCUAUGUCCGAAAAGUGAAAUGUUUGAAACUGAUAUUCUCUUAAUUAUCACAUUAUUGUAAAUACAUGUAGGGUGAAUUCACCAUGCAUCGGAUACCCUUGUACUUCAACAAGU